ACCAGUUAAACGUCUCUCACACAAUCUCUAUAAGUCUUCAAAGUUACGCUAAGCCCGUUGUUGCAUUAAAUGCCAAUAACGUAUGACUGAAUUUUGUAACAAGAACAUUAUUUGUGUUUUUUUUAUUGUAGAUGAGCCUACGGUCCAUCUCACGGGGUUACCGUAGCUUAUGGACUUCAACAAUGCGAGCGACAUAGCCAAGCCGCUGCCUACCGCUGAGUACUCUCCAAAAAUCACCUAGCGCUGAAUAAGCACCGUGGAAGGAAAUUAAUUCCAAAGCCGGAUGGGCCUACCCCACUACCAGUAGUAGGGAAUUUAAUUUCAGUACUUUGGGAAUCUAGGAAGUUCAAGUGUCACCACUUGAUAUGGCAAUCGUGGUCUCAGAAGUAUGGGAAUCUAUUGGGCUUGAGACUUGGAUCCAUCAAUGUGGUAGUGGUAACAGGGAUAGAACUCAUCAAAGAAGUUUCGAAUCGAGAAGUGUUUGAAGGAAGGCCUGAUGGGUUCUUCUAUACCAUGAGAUCGUUUGGAAAGAAACUGGGAUUGGUUUUCUCCGAUGGCCCAACGUGGCACAGGACCAGACGUUUCGUGCUGAAAUAUUUAAAGAAUUUCGGUUACAACUCCCGUUUCAUGAACGUUUACAUAGGCGAUGAAUGUGAAGCCCUCGUGCAGCUGCGUUUAGCCGAUGCUGGAGAGCCGAUUCUGGUCAAUCAGAUGUUCCACAUUACAAUAGUCAACAUACUUUGGAGAUUGGUUGCCGGGAAAAGAUAUGAUUUAGAAGACCAACGACUUAAGGAACUGUGCAGUCUUGUGAUGCGUUUGUUCAAGCUAGUCGAUAUGAGCGGAGGGUUCCUUAAUUUUCUUCCAUUCCUGAGACAUUUUGUACCAAGGCUUAUCGGGUUUACUGAACUUCAAGAAAUACAUAACGCUCUUCACCAAUAUUUACGGGAAAUAAUAAAAGAACACCAAGAAAAUUUACAACUUGGGGCCCCAAAGGAUGUGAUCGAUGCUUUUCUCAUUGAUAUGUUGGAAUCUCAAGAUGAUAAACCAACGCUUGAUGAUCUACAAGUAGUUUGCCUUGAUCUACUUGAAGCGGGCAUGGAGACAGUUACUAAUACCGCUGUAUUUAUGCUCCUGCACGUUGUCAGAAACGAGGAUGUGCAAAGGAAACUACACCAGGAAAUAGAUGACAUAAUCGGUCGCGAUCGUAAUCCUUUGCUUGACGACAGAAUAAGAAUGGUGUACACAGAAGCGGUAAUUCUUGAAACUCUGAGGAUAUCGACUGUCGCAUCUAUGGGCAUACCUCAUAUGGCUCUCAAUGACGCUAAGCUUGGAAAUUAUAUUAUACCAAAGGGAACUUUUAUUUUAUUGUCACUGUACGAGCUGCAUCACGGACCACAUUGGAAAGAUCCAGAAACAUUCCGACCGGAACGAUUCCUGACUAAAGAAGGCAACAUCUUACAAGACGAGUGGCUCAUACCUUUUGGAAUCGGAAAACGUCGUUGUAUUGGGGAAGGAUUAGCACGUUCUGAACUCUUCAUGUUCCUUACUCAUAUCCUUCAAAAAUUCCACCUCAGAAUACCUAAAAAUGAACCGUUGCCGUCAACUGAACCCAUCGAUGGACUUUCUUUGUCUGCUAAGCAAUUCAGGAUUAUUUUCGAACCGAGAAAAACAUUUAAGAGUAUUUAAAUUUUCAUUUGUCCACAUGUACACUUUUAAUUAUGUUUCGGUUAAUUUAGCUAUGAGGUCGAUUUCUUAAUUAUAAUUUUCAUUACAAUUAUGGAAGCUGUCUAUUAUAACUUCACUGAAAUGUUAUUAUUCCUUUAGGUUUUUAUGGGUUUUCAGUGUAUUAUGUAACGGGAUUUUUAUGUAAUAAAUUUGGUUGUUAAAAAGUCA